AAUUCCCGGUAUGAGCAAAAUAUAGGUUUCUUCUUUUCAUCUUCUUCACUUACCUCGACCGCUUGAAAAAUCGUCUGCCGGAGUAUUAGCGCCACCAUGUUCUCAGCUGUCAGACGGCUCAGAGCAUCUCCGCCAUGGCUCCGACUCGGUGUUUCCCAGCUCCGGUUCGAGAGGACGCAGGCAGGUCAGAACAGGCGGCGGAGCAAGUUGCCGUCGCUGCCGCUGGAGAAGGCGGAUGAGAAAUCGGAGUGGUGGGCCGUUGACGGAGAGAUGCACGAGAUCGGAGAUCACGUCCCUCCGCGUGAACGAUUCGUCAUCGCCAGGGACAAUAUACCCAACAGACGCCGCAAGCAGCUCCGCGAGCAGUUCAUGCGCCGCACGCGACUCGUCCUCAAAGAAUCGGAACAUGAGCCGUGGUGCAAAAAGUACAUGGAAUUGUAUAACGAGCUUAGAGAGAAUUGGGAGAGGCUUUACUGGGAUGAAGGCUAUUCCAAAAAGAUUGCAAGGGAUCAUGCAAACUAUGAAUCUGCUGAGGAAGAUGAUGAAGACUUUAAUCCAUACAGAAGCAGGCGGCCGCAUGGUGAUCAUAUGAAGGACCAGGGUUUCAAUAAACCCGCACAAGCUGGUAACUGGGAUAAAGUCAGUCAAAUUCGGGACCGAUUUGAAUAUGACAGAGAACGGAGAAUGAGAGAAAAAGCCUUUGCGCCGAUGAACGCUGCACCGACUUCCUCGGAUUCAAGAGACUCGAGUUGGAACAGGCAGAGACGGCCCCUAGAUACCAAGAAAUACUUGAGGGAUUGAAUCCAUCAGCUUCUCCAGAUUUCAAGCAGUUCCAAUGUCAUGGGAACGUAGAUCCAAUGAAACUCCGACUUAUAUCUGCAAAAACAUGUGAUAGGAUCGACAAGAAGCUGACCCAAACGACUGGGUUUGCGCGGCAGAAAUGUUAACCGAGGUGCGGAGAUUUUGUCGGACUUGAACCAAUGAACCCGUCAGCGUUUAGGAUUCAGUUUGAAGCAAGUUCGUAAAUGUUUGUUCUCCACAGGGUUUUACAACAAUUAAGUCACGAGGUUUUCGAAAUUACAUAAUAACCCCUUAUCUUUUCAUUUUCA